AACCAACCACGCCGGCGCCGCGCUUACCGUGAGAAGACUGCCGUAGCAAAGAAGAAGAUCUGAUCAAGACCGCCGGCGAUCUCUCAAAACUAUGUCUAUCACCGAUAAUUCAACAACGUGCAUUCGAAUUCUAUGCCGCAAACUUCAAUUUCCAAGGAAUCAACCUAACCUUCUCUGGUUGAUCGGCUCUCCCUUCUUUCCUCAUCUCACAAUCGUCUCCACGAUCCAUUGCACCCACAAACUAGCUUCAACUCCACUCUCACCGGAUUUCUCUAAAGAGUCGGAUGAUAUCAGAACACUACUUCCAAGAGGUUUUGAAGUGAUCGGAGCUUUAAUUGUCGUUGAAAACGGUUCAGAAUCAGAGAAAUACGCUGGCGAAGCUGUUAGCGCGACUCAUGAACUUAGAAAGUUGCUAGCUUGUGCAGAUCGUGAUUUGAUUGGAGCGGUUGCGGAUUUGAAUGAAGGAACUGUUCGAUAUUAUGUUUCAAUUAGUGGAGAUUUGGCUAGAUUGGAGUCUGUUGCUGAUGUUGUUCAUGAAAAUCAGCCUGAAAAGUAUAUAUGGGAGACUGGUUGUUUACUUAGUUGUGAGCUUCCGAUUAAGUUGCCUGUUUAUUGUUCUAUAGAUAAUCCUAAAGAUGUAGAUGAAUCGUUCUUUCGAGCAACCGAUGCCAUUGCUGAUACUCUUAGAAGUGAAAGAAUUACAUUCGUGAUUGAAUCUUUGAAUGAAGAAUCAACCCAAGUACCUAAGCCUGUUGCACUCCGUGGAGUGGAAUUGAAUUCAAGUGAUGCAAAGACUCCUUUAUGUUCGUAUUUUUCAACCAAAAAUAGAGAUCAAAUGUCAUUUUCUUCUGUAGAGGAGUAUGCAGAUAAGAUCCAAGUCAAUGUUUUGCUUAAUGGAUCAGAUAUUGCUUCAAAAUCUACUGCUCCUAUUGCUGGUUAUUUCCCAUCUCCUGGUAGAGCCAGACUAUUGGUUGUGGAGUAUAAGUUGGCGGUGAUCUGUUAUGCAGCAAAGGAUCUUUCACUUACUAAUGCAGUUUCAGAUUUGAUAAUUCCUGGAUUAGUUGACCAGUUGCAUAGCAUGAAGAACAAAUUGUUGCCGAAUCUCUCGUUGCAACAUCCACAGCUGCAUCCAUAUCACUUCUGUCCUCCCGGAUUUCUUCACCCAAUUACUGUUAUCUACGACCUCAGUUAUGGAGAGACAGAAAUGAAGCAAGUUGAAGUGAGAAAAUCCAUGCAUUUGAGACUGGGAUUACCAUUUGAUCGGCCUCUUCUAAGAUUUGUCAACGCUGUAAAUUUAUCUGCUGCCAAAGAUAAUGCGAGAAACAACUCAGUACGAAAGGGUCCAUCUUUGCUGAAGGAUGUACAUCUCGGCAUUCCAGCCAGUGGUGUUUCUGGAGGACUGGUCUCACUAGUUCAAGGUUCUUAUGACUACCACCAUUACCUUCAAGACGGAAUUGAUGACUCGGGUUGGGGAUGUGCAUACCGAUCUCUGCAAACUAUAAUCUCAUGGUUCAAGCUGCAACAUUACACCUCUGUUGAUGUUCCUUCACACAGAGAAAUACAACAGACACUUGUAGAGAUUGGAGACAAGGAAUCUUCAUUUACUGGAUCGCGUGAAUGGAUUGGUGCCAUUGAGUUGAGCUUUGUGUUGGACAAACUUCUUGAUGUGAGUUGCAAAGUCAUGAAUGUCAGAUCUGGUUCAGAGCUUCCUGAGAAGUGUCGUGAGUUGGCUCUUCAUUUUGAGAACCAGGGAACACCGGUUAUGAUAGGUGGUGGAGUUCUUGCAUAUACACUUCUAGGAGUAGAUUACAACGACGUGAGUGGAGAUUGUGCCUUUCUUAUACUCGAUCCUCAUUACACUGGCAACGACGAUCUCAAGAAGAUUGUAAAUGGUGGAUGGUGCGGCUGGAAGAAGGCAGUCGACAACAAGGGAAAACACUUCUUUUUACAUGAUAAGUUUUAUAAUCUCUUACUCCCUCAGAGGCCUAAUAUGGUUUAAGUUUUUCAAUUCCCAAAGUUUGUGUUCUUGAAUUAGAUUAUAUGGCUCAAAUCUAACUCAGCUGUUUUUGGAAGAUGAGUGAUUUCAAUCUGGGAUGAUGAAUUUAUUUAAUCAUAGGUUUAACAAUUAUAUGGUUUUCUGGGGAUUGUCUGUUUAACUUUUUUUUUUUAAAGUGAAUUUAAUAUUUUUAGGUUUU